AUGGAGAAAUCAAAGACACCUUCAGUCUCCAACCCCGUGAAGUUUUCAUCAGUAAUUUUUUCAGUCUGUUUUGCUGUUUGUUUCGUGGUGUUGAUUCAUGUCGAGAUCGAACUUCGAGUUCAUCGUCAGAUGCUUCAAGUCUUAAAUCAAGAGAGAGAAGACAGUAUCGAGCUUCGAAAAGUAGUCAGUCGUCAUGAAAAAAGGAUCGAUUCUGUGAUGAAGAUGUUGCCAAGUGGAUUGCAGAGUGCCGGAUCACCUACAGGUAAUUCCACAUUUUAUAUUGAAUAUCCCUUUAUCUUCAUGUUCUUAACUUUUCUAACAUCACAGUCACAAUUAAAUAUAAAAUGGGUCACGUAGCAGCUGCUCGGAAGAGAAGUCACUAAUGGUGCCUAACCCUGGCCCCAAACAAUACUAAAACAAUUGAAGGAAUGACAUGUCGUUGUUACUCAAAAAAUACAAAUAAUCGAAAGACUAUAUUGUGGUGAAUUUAAAUUUGUUAGAUUUUCUUCUUUUGAAAGAUCAGAGAGAAGGAAGUAAAGUUGCACUAUUCCUGUGAAGCUGAAGCGGUUGCAUUGAGGCCCGGGGAGGUACUCCCAUUCAUUACCUAUACGGGUAUGUGAAGCCCAACGGGGUCGUGAUUUUGAAGCUCCUGAUUUAAAACGGGGUAUCCAUUUCAGAGGCGUUUUCUACAACAGAGUAUAAAAAAUUGUGGAUCACGGCUUUAUCUUCUGCUUAAAAUUGUUGCUGAUUAUGAAGAAGCAUUUAUUUGAUGUAUAAGUCGAACAAAUAAAGAAAUAUCUUUUUGAAAAAACAGGGCUAUUUCAAUUUAUAAACUUUCUAGAACGGCGUAUAAAAAAUUGGCCCAUUUCUAGAACGGGGUAUCAGUUUUAGGGCGAAUUCUAGAACGGGGUAUAAAAAAUCGGCUCAUUUCUAGAACGGGGUAUCAAUUUUAGGGGAAAUCUUUUUUUAGAACGGGGUGCCAAUUUGGAGUCCCGGGCAGCACAAACCCACCCAAAAAAUACCCAAGUGCCCCCCCCCAGGCAUUGAGGAAGGAUUUGGUUAACACUUCCUGUCCAUUAUACAGUAUCAGCCGGAAAAAAAAAGAAAACAGUCACGUAACAAUUAAUAGGAGCGCUCGCGGCUUAUCGUUUCACAGAAAAGAACAUUACAGCCUAAGAAACCGUCCGUUAGGGCUACGAAGCGUCAAAGAAUCAAAAAGGGGUGAGGAGAGGGGGUUGUGGGUGGGUUUAAAAAACAAGCAGAACUUUAGACAACAACAAUAGACCUAGCCUGUUCCAGGCGUUCGGAUAGUGGAUCGGAACGCCUGGAACAGGCUAUCAUAUAGACUCUUAUUGUCACCUCAGUUAUUAAAAGAGUUUAAACUAUGUUUUUACUGUCUGAUGAAGAUAAAUAGGCGCUUGCCCACUGAGGAACUGAUUUACCGACUACAUUACAUUUCAGAUACACACAUUCGUCAAAAACGCCGUGUACAAAACAAGGAUUCAAACGCCAGUGAAACCUUAAGCCGUAACGUCAUCAGGAAAGAAAUUCAACUGGCCUUAGGUAGCCUGGCCUGUACAAUUCAUUGUCCGAAAGGAACCAGGGGAAAACGAGGAAGGCCUGGUCCCCCAGGCAAGCAUGGCCUGCCAGGGCCCCAGGGACCACAGGGGCUUAAAGGGACUCAAGGAGAUCAGGGGCCUCCCGGAACUAAAGGCGAUCAGGGUCCUCAAGGACCCAAGGGCGAUCCUGGUGAAUCCAUCUCAGCUCCUUCUGUUGUGUCACCCCCGCUUUCCAUGGUGGUAAACGAAACUGGUGUAGCUUCAUUGCAGUGUGAGGUUAAAGGAAACCCUGUUCCUCAGAUUACAUGGCUUAAAGAAAAUGCCAGUCUUCCCGCGGACAAACGAAUUGUACAGUCUCAUGGUGGCUUCAUGAUUAAGGAUGUGAUGCCACAAGAUGGCGGAGUGUACACUUGCGUAGCAAGCAACGUUCUUGGAUUAGUGAAAAAAUCGACCACGUUAAUUGUCCAAGGUAACUAACAUGACCUUUCUUUGCUACUUAUUGGGGACUUCAUGGAGUAGGAACCAUUAAUGGGGUUCUAUGCCUGAAGCUUUUUGAGAAGUCAAACCUUCUAGCGGGGUUAGAAUACCAUUACAUCAUAAAGAAAAUGCGCGUGUUUUAGCGUUUUCAGCCAUAAAUAGAACUUCGACAAAAGUGUUCUAGCUAAAGGAGAUUUUUUACAAGACGAUUUGCAACGACGAUUUUUGACGCAAUAAUGUUGGGAAAAAUGUUCCAUUGUAAAGAUGUUGACGUUGCAAAUCGUCCCACGUAACAUUCCUCAGGAGCAAAUAAAAGUGACUGAAACAGCUAUUGGUAGAUUCUAGGUUCGACUAUUAUCAAGGAAGCUCGGACACGUUUUCCCAGCAUGAAACCUUUUUUUUUUCUGCACCUUUUUAUCUUUGUUAGCUAAUUGUAUUUGUUCCUUAAUAUACAGUUGCUGCCUCAAUCACUGAGACACCCUCGUCUAUUGUCGCCGAAGUAGGAGGAAAUGUGACGUUGCAUUGCAAAGCUAAUGGCCUUCCAAUACCAACGAUCACGUGGCGAAGAGCGUUUGGUUCCCUACCAAAUGGAAAGGCUGCAGUGGCUGAUGGAAACUUGACAAUUCGCAACAUAGCUAAAACUGACAAGGGUGAUUACGUGUGUUCAGCAAAGAAUUUUCUUGGACAGGACUUCGUUGUUGCUCAGUUGAUAGUGAUUGACAGGCUCACAUUUACCCUUACUCCUCCCCGGAAAGUUACUGUAACACAGUCAGGCAACCUGUUGCUAAACUGUGCCGCUCAAGGUAACACUGAGAUCACGUGGAAGAGAACUGGAAAAGUCUUACCUCACAGUCACGUGAUUUAUUCAAAUGGAACUUUGCUCCUCAGGAGCUUGGUUACAAACGAUGCCGGAACAUAUUCUUGCGUGGCAAAGAACGCACUUCGUUCUGUUGAGGCAACUUCUGUUGUUGAAGUGAUUAAAACAAUGAAGUCCUGUAGCAGUAUAAAAUUAGGCCGCAGUGGAAGCUCUUCAGGUAAUUAUAUUAUUGACCCUGAUGGCAAAGGAGGCGUGGCUCCGUUGAGUGUGUAUUGUGAUAUGAGUGACAAGGGAGGAGUUGGCGUGACAGUCAUAAGUCACGACAGUGAGAGUAGGACACACGUGAGUGGAUAUGAAUGUGUAGGUUGUUACAGUAAAGAUGUGACCUACACUGGAGUUAGCAUAGCUCAGCUGGCAGCACUCACUCGAGUCUCACAAAACUGUGAACAGUUUAUCAAGUUUGAAUGUAAUAAUGACGUAGCUUUCAUUGAGUUGGGUUAUGCGUGGUGGGUGUCACGUGACGGAUCACGUAUGAAUUACUGGGGUGGAGCUACUGGUCAAAACAAAAUGUGCGCAUGCGGAGUAACAAACUCCUGCUCAAAUAGUAAACAGUGUAAUUGUCACUACAAAAAUAAUGGCCGGGGAUGGAGAGAGGACAGCGGUCUACUGACAGAUAAAUCUACUCUUCCUGUGACUCAGAUCAGACUGGGAGACAUAGGUGAUCCACGAGAGGAAGGUUAUCACACAUUAGGAAAACUCAAAUGCUAUGGACAGGCAUGA